CCUACCGACACAAUCAUCUCUAUGGCAAUAUUAUUCUCAAAUUCAUAAGGAUUUUAUUAAAAUGGUUACUUCUCACGAACGUCACACUGAGCCCAGUGUUGUGGCUUCAAGCCAACAUGACUCCGAGAUAGAUGAAAACGAAGACACCAGCCAAUUAUCAGAAGGAAAUUCUCAUGAUCCAGAAUCUGGAGAACGUCAGCCCCUGAUAGGGUUGAACCCACCAAAGGAAGAUGGCUGGAUAGCUCCUCGCCACUUCGCGUGGAUUGAGCUAGCAAUCAUGUCCAAUGUCUUUCUGUACGGAUUUGACGGAACCAUCACCGCUUCGACAUACGCAGUUAUCAGUUCCGAGUUCGAUGCAACCAACACCGCGUCUUGGUUGACAACUUCAUAUCUCAUCACCAGCACCGCAUUUCAGCCCUUAUAUGGUCGCGUAUCUGACAUUUUCGGUCGUCGUAUAUGCUUCUUCAUCUCGACCAUUACCUUUGCAAUAGGUUGUCUUGGAUGUGGUCUUGCGGGUGAUAUAGUAUUACUGAAUUGUAUGAGAGCUUUGGCUGGUUUUGGUGGCGGGGGACUCAUGACUAUGGCCACCAUUGUCAACUCAGAUAUGAUCCCCUUCCGUAAGCGUGGGAUGUACCAAGCAAUGCAGAAUGGCAUAUUUGGUUUCGGUGCAAUAUGCGGUGCUUCAUUUGGUGGCUCGAUAGCCGAUACUAUCGGAUGGCGUUGGUGCUUUAUACUACAAGUUCCAAUAUCAGCUAUAGCACUUUUCUUUGGCUAUAUUGUCAUAAAAAACCAGACCUCUGAUUUCAGCAGAGGUUCGAGUCUUAAGGAAACUUGGCGCAUAGUGGACUUCUCAGGGUCUUUCAUUCUAGUCACGGCAAUAUCUAUCCAGUUGGUUGGGUUAAGCCUAGGUGGGAAUGAAUUGCCCUGGAGCAGCCCUUGGGUAAUCGUAUCUCUAGUCGCAAGUGUAAUUCUUUUUGGUCUUUUUCUUCGGGUUGAAGCCAAGACUACUGCAAUUCCUAUCAUCCCUCUGAGAAUGCUGAAGGGGCGCUUACCCCUUUUUACACAAUUAGCCAAUGUUUGUGCGGGAAUAUCCGCUUAUGCGUAUCUCUUUCUACUACCCUUAUUCUUUCAGAUUGUUUUACUCGAUACGGCAACGACUGCGGGAGCCAGACUAGCCAUCCCAUCGUUAGCAACCCCUAUCGGGGGUCUUAUCGCAGGUAUCGUAAUGUCACGAUGGGGAAAGCUUGUUACUCUUGUUCGGGUUGGGGCCAUUUUGAUGACUAUUGGAAACAGCUUGGUAACUUCGUUGAGUUUCGUUGACGCUGACUGGAAGUAUUUCGUUUAUAUCUUCCCAGCCAACUUAGGGCAGGGGAUCAUAUAUCCAGGCAUUCUCUUCACCUCCUUAGCUACUUUCGAGCAUGCCGACCACGCAGUAUCGGCAUCUACCGUUUAUCUCAUCAGAUCCCUAGGAACUGUUUGGGGUGUGUCAAUUAGCUCCGCCAUUGUACAAACUACGCUCAGCAUUCGACUUCCAACGGUCUUGAGCGAUGUACCAGACAAAUGGAGAAUUAUCGACGCAAUUAGGCAUUCAGCUGAAUCACUACGAGAAUUGCCUCCUGAUAUUCAGCUCAAGGCACGCAUGGUUUACUAUGAUGGGCUGAGGUACUCAUUUGCUGCAUCUACCGUGUUCACAGUAAUCUCAUUCUGUGCAGCAAUGUGUGUCAAUGGCAGAGGGUUGCGUAAAACAAGCGGUUAGCUGAAAG